CCCAAGGAUCAGCCCCCUCAUACUGGAUCGUGCCUUCACGAGCGGCGAACAAGACACCUACACUAACGAUGGCGGAGGAGAGCAAGCUUGACUUUGCAUGGCUCCCCCAGGGAACGGAAGCGCUAGCUGAUGGCGAAUACGAUGUGAUCGUACUGGGCACGGGCCUCAAGGAAUGCAUCCUUAGUGGAUUGCUGGCUGUGAACGGGAAGAAGGUGCUGGUGGUGGAUCGCAACCCGUACUAUGGCGGCGAGUGUGCAUCCCCCAACCUCACGAACCUCUACAAGAAGUUCAAGCCUGACCAGGAGCCGCGCACCGACCUGGGCGCUGACCGCGACUACAACGUGGACCUUGUGCCCAAGUUCAUCAUGGCCUGUGGUAAGCUCGUCAAGAUGCUGCUGCACACCAAGGUAACCCGCUACCUCGAGUUCAAGAACGUGGACGGCAGCUACGUCGUCAAGGGCGGACGUACCUACAAGGUGCCUGCGACGGGUGAGGAAGCACUGCGCUCGUCACUCAUGGGAAUGUUCGAGAAGCGCAAGUUCCGCAAGCUCAUCAUGUACAUUUACAACUACGAGGAGGACGAUCCCAAGACGUACGAGGGCAUGGAUCUGUUUAAGCAGCCCAUGAGCGAGCUCUUCGAGAAGUACGGUGUGGAUGCCAACACGCAGAGCUUCAUGGGCCAUGCUAUGGCUCUCAUGCGCGACGAGUCGUACCACAACCGUCCCGCCAUUGAGACGGUGCGUGCCAUCAAGUUGUACGCGUACUCGCUGGAGCGUUACGGGAAGUCUCCGUACAUCUACCCUCUGUACGGUCUCGGUGGUUUGCCCGAAAGCUUCUCGCGUCUCUGUGCCAUUAACGGCGGCACGUUCAUGCUCAACCGAGGAGUGGACGAGAUCCUGACCGACAAGGACGGCAAGGCCUGGGGUAUCAAGUGUGACAACGAAGUAGCCAAGGCCAAACUGGUGAUCGGUGAUCCGUCCUACUUCCCGGAGCAGAAGGUGCGCAAGACUGGCGUGGCUGUGCGCUCCAUCUUCAUCCUGAACCACCCGGUUCCCAACACGAACGACGCCGAGUCGCUGCAGAUCAUUAUCCCCGCCGCCCAGGCCAACCGUAACAACGACAUCUACGUGGCUGUGGUGUCGUCUGCCCACUGCGUCGCACCGCAGGGCAUCUACAUCGCCAUUGUGAGUACACUUGCUGAGACGUCGGUGCCUCUGCAGGAGCUGGAGCCUGGUGUUAAGCUGCUGGGCCCGUACAUGGAGCGCUUCGACGCCAUCACGGACAUGUUUGAGCCUGUGUCGGACGGCAAGGAGGACAACUGCUUCAUCAGUUCUUCGUACGACCCGACGAGCCACUUCGAGACCACGUCGGAGGACGUGCUGGACCUGUACAAGCGCAUCACAGGCGAGGAUCUCGACAUGAACAUUAAUGCCGACACGACCGAUGUGGACCAGUAAGGAAGGAGCCGAGCAGCACAAUAAGCAGAGUGAAUGAGCAGGAGGUUGGAAGCGAGAGCUGUGUAACUUGCAGGCAGUAGGAGUCAACAAUCGAUCGAUCAGUGAAGCAACCAAGCUGCUUGAGAAGGUCUUAUUUUUACAGAGCUAGCUACACAAAGUUUACCAGUGCAAACUCGUGGUACUUGAUCGCUAUCUUGUAUCGGAUUCUUGUGUCGAAGCAGUUGUUGCUCCUCCACACCGUGUGACCACGGCAACAACGAGACAAGUCGGUUCCUAGUCGAGCAGGAAUAGAAGCCAAGGAAGCUCCGAUAAGACGAGUCUGCAGCAAGCGCCGUCACGUUGACACCUGCCGUGACCACAGCAGCCAUGAAACAGUGUCGAUUAGUGGCCGUCCGGAGCAGAAGCCACGGAAGCGCCCGAUGUCACGGCAAAAUGCGUCGGGUCUGCAGCCAAAAUGACGGGCACGUCCAGUGUCAUCACAAGCGCGCCGAGGUGGGGGCUGGAAAGAAAUCAAGGUGCUGCCAUAAUCACGCGCCGCGAUCGGAAUUUAACAACGGUUUCAUCCGCUUCGGAUGGGGAACGUCAAUCUGGACGUGUACAUGGGGCUCCCCGUCCGAUGGAUGAUUGACAGUAGACAAAAAUCAUCACAAGCUUUAUAGAUGACCUUCACGUCAACAAGAUCAACCGCCUUAACAAAUAUAUUGCCUUGAUCGAAUGCACAG